AUGGACAUUUUGAAGUAAGAAGUAAGGACUAUUGAAUAUUCACAAAGAUUUGAUAGAUGGGAAAUCCGUGGUUCGGAGCACGUUCUUCUUUCAAUCUCAGUUGCGACGAGCGCACUUCUUUGGGGUUGGACAUUCUGGAGGAAUCAAGGCGAAAAAGACGAGCAUCACAAAAGGUCCAUCCGUGCCGAUUCGACCGCUUUUCACACGAUUCGCUCGCCGGGCUCGCCGAGAACACGCGAAGCAUUCAAAAAACGUGGAUGCGCUUGCAAGCUGAUCAGUGCCAGAGACGACUGUCGGCAGGUUUGCCCGAAGUCUCAUUCAGUUGUCAGUUUGGCAUUUUAGAAUAAACAGAAGAAUAGAUGGAAUGGCAGCGAUGAAGAGGAGAACGACACUGACGUAUGUCGAAGAUUUCUUCGUAGAUUGUUAAUUAUUUCCUUUUUCAGAUGAAUCUAAUUCCUUCAUCGAUGAGAUCCAAGAAACAGGUCAUGCUUAACAGAUGA